AUGGCAGAUAACAGUUUUUCAGAUGGGGUUCCUUCAGAUUCCUUGGAAGCUGCUAAAAAUGCAAGUAAUACAGAAAAGCUCGCAGACCAGGUGAUGCAGAAUCCUCAAGUUUUGGCAGCUUUACAGGAACGACUUGACAGUGUCUCCCACACUCCUUCGAGCUACAUUGAGACUUUACCUAAAGCAGUAAAACGAAGAAUCAAUGCCCUGAAACAGCUUCAGGUGAAAUGUGCUCACAUAGAAGCCAAGUUCUACGAAGAGGUUCAUGACUUGGAGAGGAAAUAUGCAGCACUGUACCAGCCUCUCUUUGACAAGAGAAGGGAAUUCAUCACUGGUGAUGCCGAGCCGACAGACGCAGAAUCCGAAUGGCACAGUGAGAAUGAAGAGGAGGACAAAUUGGCCGGAGACAUAACAAAUAAAGCAGUCAUAGCAGAAAAAGAAGCAGCAGCAGCAGAAGAGCCAAACCCCAAAGGAAUCCCAGAGUUCUGGUUUACCAUCUUCCGAAAUGUAGAGAUGCUAAGUGAGUUAGUUCAGGAAUAUGAUGAGCCAAUCUUGAAACACCUGCAGGAUAUCAAAGUGAAAUUUUCAGACCCUGGACAGCCUAUGUCUUUUGUAUUAGAGUUCCACUUUGAAUCCAACGACUACUUUACCAAUUCAGUCCUGACAAAAACGUACAAGAUGAAGUCAGAGCCAGAUAAGGCCGAUCCCUUUUCCUUUGAAGGUCCUGAAAUAGUUGACUGUGACGGGUGUACCAUUGACUGGAAGAAAGGAAAAAAUGUAACAGUCAAAACCAUCAAGAAAAAGCAGAAACAUAAGGGCCGAGGCACCGUCAGAACAAUCACCAAGCAAGUCCCCAGCGAUUCCUUUUUCAACUUCUUCAGUCCGCUGAAAGCAUCAGGGGAUGGAGAAUCGCUGGAUGAAGACUCCGAGCUGGCGCUGGCCUCCGACUUCGAGGUCGGGCACUUCUUCCGAGAGCGGGUCGUGCCGCGCGCCGUGCUGUACUUCACGGGGGAGGCCGCCGAGGACGGCGACAGCUUUGAAGAAGGUGAGGAAGGAGAGGAGGAGGAAUUAGAAGGUGAUGAGGAGGGAGAAGAUGAGGACGAUGCCGAAAUUAACCCCAAGAAGGAGCCCAGCCAGCCCUCGGAGUGCAAGCAGCAGUGA